AUGCCGAAUAACGUACGUUAUCAAGAUGAUAUUAUGUAUAUUACUAAAGUAACGCGUAAUGUUUUGAAUGUACUUGGAGUUUGGCCGUCCUUAGACGAAAGAAAAACAGUCGGCAGCCGGAUCUGUAGGUUUCUACUGAUCACAAUCUCUUGGUUACUACUUUACUGCGUCCUGAUUCCCGGUUUCCUCUCCUGGUUGUUUGAAAAGAGAACGCGUAUCAAGAUACAAAUGAUACCUCUACUCCUUUUCGGUUUUAUGGCCAUCGGUAAAUACGGCAAUUUGAUAUUUCGCGAAGGACAGAUCAAGCGCUGCCUACAACACAUCGAGGAAGAUUGGAAGAAUGUGAUAGAUACGGACGCGCGAAGCAUGAUGAUCGAAUCCGCGAAAACUGGAAGACGCCUAGUCACAAUUUGCGGGAUAUUUAUGUACAGCACUGGAGUUUCUUUCCGGACGAUCUUACCGUUGUCAAAAGGAAAGCUUGUUACCGCGCAGAAUAUCACAAUCAAACCUUUACCUUGUCCGGGUUAUUUUUUCUCUUUCAACACACAAGCCAGUCCUACUUAUGAGACGAUAUUUGUGAUGCAGUUUUUCUCCGGUUUAAUUACAUAUUCGAUUACGACAGGCGUGUGUGGUCUCACAGCUGUUUUCGUGAUGCAUGCUUGUGGUCAGCUGAAAAUACUGAUGAAACUAAUGAGACAUCUCUUCGAGGAACAGUGGAUUGAGAAACAUGAUAUGAAUAGAAAGCUAGCCGAAAUAGUCGAAUAUCAAAUAAGAAUACGAAGUUUUUUGCAAUUAGUGGAGCGCACUAUGCAACAAAUAUAUCUCAUAGAAUUAAUGGGGAAUACGGUAAUGCUCUGCAUUCUAGGAUAUUGUAUAAUAAUGGAAUGGGAGAAUAGUAAUGCAAUAGCUAUGUGUACUUACUUUAUAACUAUCUCCACCAUAAUGAUAAUUGUGUUUAUGUUUUGUUACACUGGUGAACAACUUAUCAGCCAGGCCGAAAAAGUGGCUAGUACAUCGUGCGAGCUGGAGUGGUAUCGUUUCCCUGACAAAAAAGUACGCGGCAUCGUGUUGGUAAUGAUUGUGUCUAAUUUGCCCAUCAAGCUCACUGCAGGAAAAAUUAUAGACUUAUCCUUCAAAACAUUUGCAAACGUGGUUAAAACAUCUAUGACGUAUUUUAAUAUGCUUCGAAACGUUACCGAUUGAAUAUUUCUGCUUUAAUGAUUAAGAUAACGAUACAAAUUGUACAUAUUGCAAUAGUGAUAUCGUAUCAUGUUUAUUAAUAAUAUGAAUGUGUGAAAUGCAAAUUGGUGUAAUGUAUAAAUAUAGAAUAUGUGUUCCUGAUUAAAUAUAUAUCUUUUU